AGUCGUUUUGGCACAACCUUGUGGCAGUUUCAUGUUCAUUUCGUCCAAAGGCAAAUGCCUUUGGACAUGAAGCAGUUGAGUAAGUACAAAUAUCUAAAGAAUGGUCACUUUUGACUUGCUUUUCAUCACUAUCUCCUUGCUUUUAUCAUGAAUGUCACAAUUAUUUAUACUUGUACCGGCUGAAUAGUCAUUGUCCCAUACAACUAAUAGUCUCCAUUUCAUUGCUUGUGUCAGUGCACUCAAAAUUGUUGAACAUCUUGUCAAACAAUUUGUACACCCAUUUUGAAAACCCUAUUUUUAAGGAGUUUCCAUGAAAAUCUCCAUAAAUUACUUUUCUCAGGUGAACCUUAUCUCACACUAAUGAAAAUUGGUGUGUGUUACUCUUACUUGCAACCAAUGAAAAGCCUCUUCUACCCAGUCACAGGUGAAUCGUGUUACAGUAUCCCCUACUCUACAAGUAUAUAUAUAAUGUAAACCAACAGACAGGAUUGGCAUGAGGUGCAUACUGAAUCUACAAAACUGCAGAACAUGGAACGUCAGCCUUGUGGAAGAGGGGUGAGGAUCGGUGGAGGACGAGGACAAAACCGGGUAAGAAGAGGCCAACCACAUAGACACGUUCCUGAUGAAAUCAGGGCAACACUUGUGGAUCAUGUGAUAAACCAUGGCCUCACAAUGGCCGAGGCUGGUCGAAGGGUGCAGCCAAAUGUUGGGAGAACUACUGACUGCCAGACAACCUAGAAGAGGUGGAAGAGGUCCACUUUUGACUCCGCAGCAAGAGGAAAGAAUUUGUGCAAUGGUGGCUGCAAACAACACUUUGAGACUGAGAGAAAUACAAAGAACUGUCGUAGAAGAUGACACCAUCUUCGGAAAUAUUCAGUCAAUAUCAAGUUCCACCAUAGACAGAGUCCUCAGACGGAAUGAAAUGUCCAUGAAGCAAUUGUACAAAGUACCAUUUGAACGUAACAGUGAUCAAGUGAAGGAGCUCCGUCACCAGUAUGUACAGCGUAUCCUGGAAUUGGAGGCCAGGGAACCCCUGCACACGUUUGUAUAUCUUGACGAAGCGGGAUUCAAUCUCGCAAAAGGCAGACGGCGUGGACGAAAUCACAUUGGAGAAAGAGCCACCAUUGAUGUCCCAGGCCAACGAGGAGGAAAUAUUACAAUGUGUGCAGCAAUCUCAGGAAAUGGCGUUCACACCCAUAUUCCUCGUAUUGGUGCAUACAAUACACAACACCUGUUGGCUUUUCUGGACGCUCUUUAUAGGGACCUAAUCCCACAAAAUGAAAGGGAUGAUCCUGGUGACAAUCGGACAAUGUAUGUAGUGGUUUGGGAUAAUGUUAGCUUCCAUCACUCUGCUGUACUCAGGCAGUGGUUUGCAGCACACGACAGGAUGCUUAUGGAGUUUCUUCCUCCUUACACUCCAUUCCUAAAUGAGGAGUUUUUCUCUUCCUGGAGGUGGAAGGUAUAUGACAGGCAUCCACAUACCCAAAUGACCCUGCUAGCAGCUAUGGAUGCAGCUUGUGAUGACAUCACGGCAGAGUCCUGCAGAGGGUGGAUUCGACACUCCAGAAGAUACUUUCCUCGAUGCAUCGAUAGAGCUGACAUUUGCUGCGAUGUUGAUGCAAAUAUGUGGGCAGACAGACGGGAGCGUCUAGAUAUCAAUGAUUGAUAUGCAGCAGUGUCUGUUUUUCAGGGUUUUUUUUUUUUUUGUUUGUUUGUUUCAUACUUACUGCAGUAAGGUUUACUGUCUAAGUGAGUUUAUGUUUGCUGUAAAAUAUUUGAUUUACUGUAUUUCCCCAGUUGCACAAUGCUGUGCACAUUUUCAAUUGAAUAU